GGGGCUGAGGCUCCCUUGUCCUCCCUCCCCCAGGUCCUGUGGCAUCUCCCAGAACGUGGGGGACCGGGCUGGGGGGGGGUCGUGUCCCCUCUGCUCUCCCCAAUGGGCUCUCCCCGCCCGCCCUGGACGCCCCCUAGGACUCGGCAGGAAUAAGAACACGGGCAGGACACCCAGCAGCCAUGUCGGGGGACUACGAGGAUGACCUCUGCCGCCGGGCUCUCACCCUGGUCUCUGACCUGUGCUCCCGGAUCCAGGAUGCUGAUGAGAAAUGCCAGGAGUUCUGGCGGAUCCGGGGCUACCCCCGGCCCUCCGAUGCAGAUAUCUCGGUGAGCCUGCUCUCCGUCAUCGUGACCUUCUGCGGGAUCGUCCUGCUGGGGGUCUCCCUCUUCGUGUCCUGGAAGCUCUGCUGGGUGCCCUGGCGGGACAAGGGGGGCUCGGCCCCCGGGGGCGGCCCCCUCCGCAAGGACCCCGGGGCCGGGCUGGCGGGGCUGGUGGGCGGUGGGGCCGCCCACCACCUGGGCCCCGGCCUGGGCGGCCCCCACCAUCUCCUGGGCGGGCCCCACCACCCCCCCUUCUCUGAGCUCCUAGAGCCUGGCGGGGUGGGCGGCCCCGACCUUCCGGAGCCCUCCUACCUGGACAUGGACUCCUACCCGGACGCCGCUGCCGCCGCCGCCGCCGUGGCCGCCGGGGUCAAGCCCAGCCAGACGUCGCCCGAGCUGCCCGCCGAUGGCAGUGCCGGGACCGGUGGGGGGCUCCUCUUGGUGCCCCCGGGCGGGGGGGGGCUGCCCAGUGCCCAGUCACACCAGCAGGUCACCAGCCUGGCCCCCCCGACCAGGUACCCGGCUCUUCCGCGGCCCCUCACCCAGCAGCCCCUGACCCCCCAGCCCCCUGCCCCGAGCCUGCCGGAGCCCGAGGACAGACCCCCGGCCCCGGCCCUGCCUCUGCCCCUGCCCGCGGGCGAGGAGAAGGCGAGGCUCAUCGGGCAGAUCCAGCCG